AUGGGUACCAGAUCCAGCAUAGACCGGCCAGAUCCGGUUGCACCUGAAUUGACAACUGUACGGGAUUUUGAGAAGGAUAAUUCAGUAUCGAAACCCGAACACCAUGAUACACAAGCAUCUGGGCUUAAGCAUAAAGGGAGCAGGGACAGUGUAGAAGACCCUGAAUACCCUUCUCCUAAGUCAAGUGAACUUCCACAGAGGCCCGAAGGAUGGGGGUGGACACUUGCAGUUAUCGUACUACUUGCUUCUGCCUUUCUUUAUGGCCUGGAUACUACUAUCGUGGCAGAUGUUCAAGCACCUGUAAUAGAGCAAUUUGGCGCCGUUCAAAAGCUUAGCUGGCUUGGAUCCGGCUUCCCUCUUGGAUCGGUUGCAACAAUCCUUCCAAUAGGUGCGCUUUAUAACAUAUUUAGCAUCAAAAUCGUAUAUAUCGUGUCGAUUGUCUUGUUUGAGGCGGGAAGCGCAUUAUGUGGUGCUGCACCAAACAUGAAUGCACUGAUAAUAGGGCGAGUUAUUGCCGGAAUUGGUGGUUCCGGAAUGUAUCUUGGGGUCCUUACCUACUUCUCCGUAUUUGUCCCAGAAAGACGGCAGCCACUUUACGUGAGUAUGUCUGGGUUUGUCUGGGGGCUUGGUACUGUUAUCGGGCCUGUCAUAGGAGGUUUAUUUGCACAUAGUAAAGCCACUUGGAGAUGGGCAUUCUAUAUCAACCUUGUCCUAGCUGCUGUGAAGGCUCCGGUACUUCUGCUGCUAGUGCCUGAUUAUCUACCUAAUCGUCAUAAGGGAGCACUUCAAAAGUUGAAAGAGCUGGACAUCAUUGGUAUGGUCCUUAACGCCGGGAUAUACGUUGGGUGGGUAAUUCCCAUGACUUUUGCUUCCACACUCUGGGGAUGGUCCGAUAAUCGCACAAUUGCCUCAUUCGUCGUCUUCGGUGUCGUCUUUAUUGCCUUUGCUAUUCAACAGGGUGUCCCUCUUUUCACGACUCUAGAAAGACGUGUUUUUCCUGCCCAAUUCUUGAGACGCUCAGUGAUGGUUCUCUUAUACGUGAGUACCUCCUGCGCUAAUUCAGCACUUCUAGUUCCCGCAUAUUAUAUACCACUUUUCUUCCAGUUUACCAGAGGCGAUAGUCCCGUGGAUGCGGCAGUCCGUCUUCUUCCCUUGAUAGUUCUUGCGAUUGUGUCGGUGAUGAUCCAAGGAGUCACUAUGCCCCUGGUUGGGUACUACGCUCCAUACUACACAAUAAGCGGUGUUUUAAUAGUGGUCGGUUCAGCUCUGAUGUCGACAGUUGGUGUAGAUACACCAGUUGCCAAUAUCUAUGGAUACAGUGUUAUUGUUGGAAUUGGAACUGGACUUGGUGUACAAGCCUCUUAUGGUGUUGCAGCCGCGAAAGUCAAGGAAGACGAAGUGCAGCAUGCGAUCAAUUAUAUCAAUCUGGCUCAAAUCGGCGCUGAGACCAUCUCCCUUACCGUUGCGGGAACUAUUUUCCAACAGCUGGCAUUCCAGAACCUUUCCAAAUACCUGGCUGGCCGAGGCUAUACCUCUGCAGAACUUAUCGCUGCCAUUGCUGGAACACAGUCUGUCAUCCUCCAGAACGGUUCCGAGGAGGUCAAGUCACUGGCGAUCGAGGCUAUUGUGGAAGCCAUGAAGAAGGUCUACAUAUCUAUGAUUGCAGCUGGAGCCCUUCAGGUGAUAUGUUCGUUCUUCCUGCCCCGAGAGAAACUAUUCAUGAAGCCUGCAUCCGCAUAA